AUGGUCAUACCAAUCAUAUGUGAGGGAAACCCAGCUGCGAGCGCAUUGAGAAUGAAGUGGUUUGGAAUAGCACUUAAACUCAUUUCCAUCCUUAUCAAUGAUAUCACGGCCAAUUUCCAUCUUCUGGAGAAAGGCAACGAGUUCAGGGGUGAAUUUAUUUAUGUGGUGCUUGCUUUGAAUUUGAUUCCGUACCUCGAUCGCCUUUGCUCCUCCGCAGCGAUGCCCCCGCAAAACCGGUUAAGCAUAAUGAUUGAAACGUCACCCUUAGUAGCUGGGGCUACUCCUGGCCCUUCGCCUCCCGUCUUGGUAGCCAACUCUCCUGGUUUGGGCCUUAACCUCUUGCAUUGA